CGGGGGAAACUUCCGACUUUCUUCGCCUCGCCGUUCCCCUCCUCCCCGACUCUACCUACACUCCUUCCUCUCCCCCAUUCGCUCCUUGACUGCCUUUCUGUCUAUCCUUCACAAUGCAUGUUCUUGUGGUGAACGACGACGGGCCCCCGUCAAACCAGUCCUCUCCCUACGUCCAUUCUCUCGUCCAUACGCUACAAUCAGCCGGGCAUGUGGUCUCGGUGGUUCUGCCACAUCAGCAGCGAUCCUGGAUCGGCAAGGCCCAUUUGGUCGGUGCUUCCGUAAAGCCUACCUACUUCCGCCCGGGCACACUACAUCAAGACGAUGGAACUACACAUGCGCUGCCUCGAUGCUACAGUGACGACGAGAAAGAUCACGAUGGAGAUGAGUGGGUCUUGAUAGACUCGACCCCGGCCAGCUGUGUCCAGAUCGGUCUUUAUCAUUAUUUCCAGGAUCGGGGGCCGGUAGAUCUCGUGGUUUCCGGCCCGAACUACGGCCGGAAUACUACCUCACUGUUCGCCAUGUCGAGCGGCACAAUCGGUGGUGCUAUGGAGGGAGCUGCCUGUGGAAAACGCGCCGUGGCCCUGUCUUACGCCUUCAGUUCCCGGGACCAUGAUCCGGUUGUGAUUGCCGAAGCGUCGCGCCACUCCGUUCGGUUGAUCGAAUAUCUCGCUAAGAACUGGGCCGAUGGUGUGGACCUUUACUCGGUCAAUGUGCCCUUGGAGCCUGGGGUAAGCGAGAGCAAAGUGUUAUACACUGAGAUGCUCGACAACCGGUGGACAUCGGGGAGUUGUUUCCAGGCGGUGGAUGCCGCCGAGUCCAACAAAAGCCCUGAUCUGCGAGAGCAUGAGUUGCGAAACCAAGGAGGGAAGUCUGAGGCGCAACUUGCAGAGGGUGCUCCCGUACGGAGGUCUAAGAUCCAGCAUAAGCAUUUCCAAUGGGCACCAAACUUCUCCGAUGUCUACAGGAGUGUCGAAGAAAGCCAGCCCGGUAAUGACGGUUGGACAGUCAAAGAGGGAAUGACAAGUGUUACGCCCUUGAAGGUAAACUUUAUGCACGCGCCCGGAUUCCAAGGAGAGAUCAAGCUCGCGUUGCUUCACUUCCCUCUUUUGCAGCAUUUUCUCACCAGUUCUUUUGUCUAUGGUUUGUUAUCUUUGGAUGGCCGAAAUUCUGAUAGACUUAAAUCAUGUAGACCCGAUAAUGAUGAGCCUGCAUUACAUUCUAUUGUGGACAGCGAUGAUCCAUAUGUCCAAAGUCUGAUGGAACAAGCACUACGGCGUCGGCUCGGUGAAACUCGCUAUAAAGCUAUAUCUUCGCUGUCCGAACUCCCGUCCACCUCAACGCCGGUAUUCCAGUAUCGUGAAUACGAACGCCUUGACUUUGAGCACAUUAUGUUCAAUCCAUCGUCCUCCUUGGCCAAUGCUUACAUCAUCCGCAAAGCAUUGAUUCGCAAGCACUACUUGUCUAAUACGGUGACCAACUGGGUCACGAAGCAUCCGGACAGUGUUCUAGCAAAGCACUUCAAGUUCGGAUUCGAUUUUGAGCUGGAUUACGCUGAAUUCCUCGACGAUGCAUUGCUGGAGGCGUACGAACUGCGGGACAGCUUGGAGAAGAACGAAGAAAAGCCUGCUUCCGAGAAGGAAUGGUGGAUCCUGAAACCUGGCAUGAGUGAUCGUGGACAAGGGAUCCGUCUCUUCAACAGCGAGGACCAGCUGCGGGAGAUAUUUGAAGAGUGGGAGGUCGAUGAAUCGGACGAAGAGAGCGGGUCAGAGCGAGCAGAAGAGGAGCAAAAUGAUGACGAUGAUGGUAACGGAGUGGUCACAUCCCAGUUGCGCCAUUUUAUUGCCCAGCCGUACAUCGAUCCGCCUUUGCUCCUCCCCUCGUCGUCCCAGCGAAAGUUCCACAUUCGUACAUAUGUUCUUGCUGUUGGCUCCUUGAAGGUCUAUGUUUUCAAGGAAAUGCUAGCGCUGUUUGCGGCAAAGUCGUAUUGUCCCCCAUGGGAGGAUGAGGACGAGGUAACCGACCUUGCACGACAUCUUACAAAUACAUGUUUCCAGGAGGGCGGCAGCGCCAACAAAGAGAGCGUUCGUCGGUUCUGGCAGCUGGAUCCCUAUGUUCCUGGGCUCGGAGAUGAUUGGAAGGAUAAGGUCUUUGACCAGAUCUGUGCCGUGACGGGUGAAGUGUUCGAGGCUGCUGCUCGGGGAAUGAUGGUUCAUUUCCAGACACUUCCCAAUGCGUUCGAACUGUACGGUGUGGACUUCCUGGUCGACAAGCAGGGAACCGCGUGGCUCCUCGAAAUGAACGCCUACCCCGACUUCGGUCAGACAGGAGAAGACCUGAAAGAGGCCGUUGUCGGCCGUCUCUUUGAAGAGACUGUGGACGUUGCCGUCAAGCCGUUCUUUGGAGCGGACGAGCCGGCCGUGGAGGGCACUGACCAGAUGAAACUGGUUGCCAAUCUUGAUCUUGGGAGGAAGUCCUAG